AUGACGGAGCCCGGGCGCGGCAAAGCUUUUAGCGUCUGUGGGGGACGGCACCACGGCACCAGCAGCACGGGGCCUUCUGCGAGCGGGACUUUGGAAAACUCUCUCAGAUCUGCAACCUCUCUCUCCCCUGGGUCUCUGGAGCUGCAGCCUCUCUCUCCCCUGGGUCCCUGGAGCUGCAGCCUCUCUCUCCCCUGGGUCCCUGGAGCUGCAGCCUCUCUCUCCCCUGGGUCUCUAGAUCUGCAACCUCUCUCUCCCCUGGGUCUCUGGAGCUGCAGCCUCUCUCUCCCCUGGGUCUCUGGAGCUGCAGCCUCUCUCUCCCCUGGGUCUCUGGAGCUGCAGCCUCUCUCUCCCCUGGGUCUCUGGAGCUGCAGCCUCUCUCUCCCCUGGGUCUGCAGCCUGUCUUUCCCCUGGGUCUCUAGAUCUGCAACCUCUCUCUCCCCUGGGUCUCUGGAGCUGCAGCCUCUCUCUCCCCUGGGUCCCUGGAGCUGCAGCCUCUCUCUCCCCUGGGUCCCUGGAGCUGCAGCCUCUCUCUCCCCUGGGUCUCUAGAUCUGCAACCUCUCUCUCCCCUGGGUCUCUGGAGCUGCAGCCUCUCUCUCCCCUGGGUCUCUGGAGCUGCAGCCUCUCUCUCCCCUGGGUCUCUGGAGCUGCAGCCUCUCUCUCCCCUGGGUCCCUGGAGCUGCAGCCUCUCUCUCCCCUGGGUCCCUGGAGCUGCAGCCUCUCUCUCCCCUGGGUCCCUGGAGCUGCAGCCUCUCUCUCCCCUGGGUCCCUGGAGCUGCAGCCUCUCUCUCCCCUGGGUCUCUGGAGCUGCAGCCUCUCUCUCCCCUGGGUCCCUGGAGCUGCAGCCUCUCUCUCCCCUGGGUCUCUGGAGCUGCAGCCUCUCUCUCCCCUGGGUCCCUGGAGCUGCAGCCUCUCUCUCCCCUGGGUCUCUGGAGCUGCAGCCUCUCUCUCCCCUGGGUCUCUGGGGCGUUGAACCCUGCUCACACUUCCUCUUGUAUUCCCCGCAGCCUUUCUAUCGAGCAACCAGCCUGGUGUAA